AUGUCGAUUAAGGUGGUUAUUGGAAGGUCUGCGGUGAAUGUUAUUAGUGCCUACAUUCCACAAGUAGGCUUGGAUAAGAAGGAGAAAAAGGUAUUUUGGGAGGUGCUUGAUGAAAUGGUGAGAUUUACUCUGAGCUCGAAGAAGCUUUUCAUUGGAGGAGACUUCAAUUGGCAUAUUGGAUCUGUAUUGGGAGGUUAUAAUUAUGUGCAUGGAGGUUUUAGUUUUGAGGAACGAAAUGAAGGAAGGGCUUCUCUUUUGGAUUUUUCUAGUGCCUAUGAGUUGUGGGUAGCGAAUUUGGGCUUUUCAAAGAAGGAGGAGCACCUUAUUACCUUUCGUAGUUCGAUGGCCAAGACACAAAUAGACUUUUUCACUCCUUAA